GUGGGUGUCACUGCUGCUUGUACGGUGCGCAAACCAACACUUGUUCUCUGCACCUCAGCUGUUGCCGUAGAGCAGUGGCGCGCCCAAUUCAAACUCUGGUCGACAGCUGACGAUGGACAAAUCCUUCGCUUUACCAGUGAUGCUAAAGAUCGGCCUUCUGGCAGAUCUUGCAUCUGUGUUAGCACCUACUCAAUGAUUGCACAUACACAAAAGCGCUCCUAUGAGGCCGAGCGCCUAAUGGAUUGGAUCCGCGGACAAGAAUGGGGUCUUAUCGUAUUAGACGAGUACCGUUUAACCCCGAUUAGAGGCAUUCAGCUUUCUUAA